AAGUUCGUUCAGAGUUUGAGAUACAGACUCAUCAAUUUAUAAAUAGUAAAAGCGUGUUUUACAAUCAUGGGUUUUCGCUGCAGUGUAAAGAGCUGCGACAAUAAACAGGGGAGACCAGGUAAUACCAUGAUGUUUCACAGAAUACCAACUAGAAACGCUGACCGGAUGAAAACAUGGCUAAUUGCUCUGAAUAUUGACCCUAACACACCAAAAGAGAGUAUCAAGGGACAUUAUGUUUGCUCUGUACAUUUUAAUGACGACGACUAUAUUGAAAAAAUGCAAUUUGCCACAAGAACCAUGAAACGUGUGCUGAAGGACAUGGCCGUCCCAUCAAAAUCACUUACAGGACAAAGUGCUGCGGAUGAGCUGAGUAACCUGCAGCUGGAUCAACUGGAAUUUGAGGAUGUUUCCAGCCUGUUUGCAGGUGUACCACACUCCACACCCAGAAAAACCUGUACUGUACCUACUGCAGAGUUCAAAGCCCCACUACCUUUGCAGCUCAAAAGUCCUGCUCAGACAGCUACAGGGACAAAGGCAUUGAUUGCCUUGGCACCCAGUUGGACACGUCAAUUGGACACUGCUUCAUCGUCCAUAAUGAUGCCUACCUGCAGGCCAAAAAAAAGUCUUAUCUUUGAUGAAACACAACAAAUUGAUUAUUCUGAAAUGGAUAUCAGUUCAGCAACAUCAGCCUUGGAUAUCAGCAUGGCCUCAGAACCUGCCUCUGAACCAGCCGUGGAUCCUGCUGACUCCAGUUUUGUCCCUGACACAAGCCCCUCCACCUCUACCACAGGAAGCACUGAAAGCAUUCCUGGACAACAUAGAGGAUGGAAAGAGAGAAAGUGGCUGGUAAAUGAGUCUAAACUCAUGGAACUCUUUAAAAAAUGCACUGUUUGUGGAUCUGAAAUGUGUGAUUUGAACCAAAUUGUGAAAAAAUCUGGCACAAGGAUCAGAGUAAUAUGGAAAUGUAACAGUGGACACACCGGAGAUUGGGAAUCAUGCCCAAGUGUUCGUGGAAUGGCGGAGAACAACCUGCUAUCAGCAGCAGCAACACUCUUCACCGGUGCUACCUACACAGACAUUGCUGAGUGGGCAGAGCUUUUGAACAUUCAGCUGCCCCAUAAAUCUACCUACUACAGUAUACAGUCCAGCUACCUGAUUCCAGUUAUUGCUGAAAAAUACAAGAAGCAGGAGGACACUAUAAGAGCAAGACUCAUCUGCCAGACCCUGGAUGGUGAGGGAGUACAGAUCUGUGGAGAUGGGAGAAGUGAUAGCCCAGGCCAUUCCUGCAAAAUACACAACGUGACCCAGGCCAAAAGUUCUGUUGCCAUGGAGCCAAUCGGUUUCAAGAAAGGAUUAGAAAAGCUCCUAGAUGAAGGAAUCAAUGAAUUGUUGAGACGAUGGAAGUCAAUUCUCCAUCAUAUCUGCGGGGUCCAUCGCUGGGAAGAAGAUGGCAAGGAACAUACAUGCUACCACACUGAACUGCCAGCGAACGAGCAAAGGAGGAAGAAAUGGUUGGCGAAGACUCCCCUGCCUACAAUGCCCUUUAUGAAGUGGUGA